AUGCAGCUCCCCACCUUCUUCCUCUUCGCCCUCCUGGCGGCCCAGGGGGCACUGGCCACGCUGCCCGUCCGCCUCGUCAGCUGGAACAUCCGACCGCUGCCGCCUCUACCGCGCCAGGUCGCUGCUCGGCGGCCUGCAGGGCUCGGCGCCCCCGGGGGCCCCACCAUCAUCGCGAUGCAGGAGGUGCUCAACAACCAGCUCAAGGACGUCAAGAAGGGGCUGGGCAGCGACUGGGACCACGUCGGCGUGGGGCGCGACGACGGCAAGACCAAGGGCGAGUACAUCCCCAUCCUCUACAAGAAGACGGACCUGCGCCUGCUCGACUCCACCACAAAGUGGCUGUCCCCGACGCCCGACGAGGUCUCGUUCGGCUGGGGUGCCGGCAGCCGCCGCGUCACCACCAUCGCCGUCCUCGAGCACGCCGCCACGGGGCAGAAGCUGCUGCACGCAAACUGCCACCUCGACAACGUCUCAGCGCAGGCCCGGAGCGAGGGCAUCAAGGUGGUGGUGGCGCAGAUCAAGGCCAUGCUCGCAAAGUGGGGCCCCCUGCCCGUCUCGCUCUCGGGCGACUUCAACUCGAGCCCGUACAACGACGCCUUCAGGACCCUGGCCGGCACGGGCUUCAUGAAGGGCGAGCUGUUCGACCUGGCCCAGCCGGACAAGGUCGUGGGGCCCCACACGGGCACAUACACGACCUUCUCGCCCGACGGCCGCGGCGCCGCCCGCAUCGACUUUCUGUGGCUCGGCCCCAGGGACGGGUACGAUUACACGGUGCAGAAGUACGAGAUUGUGGACAACCUGGUCGACGGGGUGUAUACCAGCGACCACAGGCCUGUUGUGGGCGAUGUUACGAUCAACUAUAUACUAUUACCCAGCCUCAACUCCCAAAUGUUUACUUUCCAUGAAGAAAAGGGCAAUGGAACGUUGUUUUACCAUGAUUCUGAGUCGAUGGCGUAA